AUUACAACAUUUUCCUUUUAUUCUUAUACUCCGUAUCGACUGUCAAACUACGAACAUAUAUAAAUAAAUUAUUUUUCAGGGAAAGAAAUAUCAUUGAGGUAGUGAACAAAAUAUCGCCAAAGUUCCAAGAAGGUCUGAAAGCAUUUUCUGACAGUCCCAUAAUCGGGGAGAUAAGGGGAACUGGUUUGGUACUUUCUACAGAGUUUGUAGAUAACAAAUCUCCUAAUGAUCCCUUUCCUCCUGAAUGGGGUGUUGGUCCAUAUUUUGGAGCACAGUGUGAGAAGUACGGGAUGUUGGUAAGUUGUGCUGGCGAUUACAUAAAUAUGGCUCCUCCAUUUACUUUGAGUCUUGACGAACUUGACGAGUUGAUAAGCAUAUAUGGGAAAGCACUUAAGGAUACCGAAAAGAGAGUGGAAGAACUGAAGUCCCAAAAGAAGGAAAUGCUGAUGGCAAAAGCUUGAAGACAGCAGAAGAAGAAAAGAUGAACAAAAAAAUUUCUAAGGCCAAUUAAUCAGACUCUGUUAGCUACUCUUAGAUGUCUAAUUUAUAUCAAAAUAUUAACUAGGCCAGAAUCCAUAACAAGCUGGGAUCCAUUAUAUGAAUCCUCUAUAUUUAUUCGGAGGAUUUAUCAUAGUUAGACUUGUUUUACUCUAUCAACUUGUUAGAAACUCUGUGCUUUAAACUGCUUUAGCUUUGCUAAAUAAAGUCAGAAAUUUAAAGUUUUCCAUUUUCAA